AGAAUUUCAACAUGCAGUAAUGUAUAUGUGACAAAAGUUAAAGACAACUUAACUUAAAUGAGUGUCUGUCCCUUUAAAACACGUGGUACUUGAAUCUGCUGUAAUCUAAUCUAAAAGCAGUGAGAUAUCUGAUAAUAUGCCGUGUUGAAAUGCUGAAUUCCACCAAGACUAAUAUUGUACAUUAUGGACUUUUAAAUUACUGCAUUUUGCUGAACAUUUACUGUCUAUAAAGCUGAGCUGUAAGGUUACGCUGAGGUUGUAUUUGUCUGUCUGGGUUUGUGCCAAAAUUGCCUUGCAUUUAGGUUAUAGGUGGUGUCAAAGAUCUUCCUGUUCAGAGAUCUUUUCGUCAUUCUGAUAUAUGUAGAUCUACUUAUUUAUCUUUUAGGCUUAUGGGAUAUACAAAGCUAGAUUUCAGUCAACAGGUCAACAAUCCCAUGAGCCACUGUGUAAAUGAUUGACAGGACUGACUCAGUGAAAGGACUUGCUGUAGCAGCUGUAUGUAGGGCAGCAGUACAAUGGUCAUCAUGCUGUGCUCGUUAACGCUUGUAGGUUUUUGCCUCUGCUUCUUCUACGUCUUAAUCAGGAUACAGAGGCCCAAGAACUCCCCCCCCGGGGCCACAACCCCUUCCUGUAUUUGGGAAUCUUUUUCAGCUGAACUCUGGAAAUCCUCUAAAACACAUCGAAAGGGAAGUGUCUUGUGUCCUCAUACUUUGUUCCACGACGCAACAUCAAAUAUCAUCAACCUGAUUUUGUCUGGAACUCGCUACAACUACAACGAUGACACCCUUAAGAAACAUGUUAAAUUUCUUACCGAAAAGACCAAGAUUCUUAAUGGACCUUGGUCAAUUAUCUAUGAUACUCUUCCAUGUGUGAGAUCCUUGCCUCUUCCCUUUAAAAAGGCCUUUACAUUCACCUACGCAAUGGAUAAACUGACAAUGACCAUGAUCAACAAUCACAAGACAACAAAAGUCAAAGGAGAGCCAAGAGAUUUUGUCGACUGCUAUCUGGAUGAGCUUGAGAUGCUAGGUACUGGUCUGCAGCCCAGUUUCUGGGUACCCCUGCUCUAGGGUAUUGUCACGGAGGCUCCUACCUCAGCCUCGCGACCACGCCCUCAAUCACUGGAGUUCUGACACCACACCUGACACUCAUUAUCACUC